GUUGUCCUGCUCCCUUAUCCCAUACCCACAACCCGCUUCCCGUCGCUGCUGCUUCUUCGGCCCCUCGACCCAGUUGCUUCAUGACGCUGCUGUCGCCUUGGAACUCAACGACUGGUAAUAAAGAAUAGAGUGAGACUCAACCUUUCGAGUGGCAAUGGCGCUAUUUCGUAUCUGCGGCCUCCUGUCAACAGCUAACCUCUCCGUAGAACACCAUCUUCGCCCGCUCUCUUCUUUCCAUAAUUCUCCCCAUCCUUCCCCCGGCAAUCUCUCGUUUUGUUGCUCGCCUUCCUCAUUUCAUUUUCCACCUCUCUCCCUUACUCACCCCUCACGCGAUAAAACCAAAGAAAUUUCUCAUUUUCUACCAAUAUUGGCCACCGUAUCCCAAGAACAAGCGCUUACUUCCUCUCCUUCAAAUGUUUCCGAUGACAGCCAACCAACUGAGACACAAGCUGAAGAAUUUUCUCGAACCAGGUUGCUUGCUCAGAACCUACCUUGGACUAGCACUCCUGAAGACGUUCGUUCUUUGUUCGAGAGGCAUGGAAGAGUCCUAGAUGUUGAGCUAUCGAUGUAUAACAAGACGAGAAACAGGGGUUUGGCGUUCGUUGAAAUGGGCUCGGAAGAAGAGGCUCUUGCGGCUCUGAAUAGUCUCGAAUCGUAUGAAUACGAAGGGCGUAUACUGAGACUGGCAUAUGCUAGGCCGAAAAAGAAGAAAGCUCCACCUCCUGUGCAGCAGAAGACAGUAACAUUUAACAUAUUCGUUGGAAAUUUGUCCUAUGAAGCAAGGGCUAAAGAUCUCAGGGAGUUUUUUGAUUCAGGAAGUGGUAGUGUUGUUUCUGCCGAGGUUAUAUUUCAUGACAACCCUAGAAAGUCCGCUGGUUAUGGAUUUGUAUCAUUCAAGUCUAAGAGAGAAGCUGAGGCCGCCCUUUCUGAGUUCCAAGGGAAGAAUUUUAUGGGAAGGCCAAUCAGGGUGGCGCGUAGUAAGCAGUUUGUUAAACAACCAGUAGAGGAGAGUGCGAGGUCUGAAGAUGAAUCUUCUGAGACCAGCGUGAAUGGGGUAGAAGCAGAUAAAGCUGAUUGACACCAUCUUACACUAUUGAUGUUGUGGUUUGCAAUGUACCCUUAUAAACAGAGACCCAUUUGUUACAAGGAUUGAAUCGAUAUGUCUGGUGUUUAAUUAUAACUGUAAUAUGACGGCGUUCAUUCUGCUUUGUAUUAUUUAUUUGUGGUUGCGGGUUGAAGCUCUUUCCUGAAUGCAAGCCUCAAAGGCUCAAUGCAACUAUGACAUGCCGUUACUAUUCAUAGCUCCAAGAAAGAGUUUGCAUUUCCGUAGUUCACUGUGAAAAAAUGGAAACAAAAGAGGAUUCUGAGGGCCAUGUUAGACGAAGCAGCGUCGUGAUUUGCCGAUUGUUUGAGCUGCUAGGAACUUUGACCAAUCACGAAAACCACUGCAUUUAAAUGUCCUGUAAAUUCUGUGCGUCCUGCUUGGUUUGAAGUCGCUAUAUGCUAUAUUCUUAAA